UGAUGUGUCUUUCCCCACUGAUGUGUUUCUGCCGGCGUUGAGAAAGCGGUGCACGAUUUUCUACUGUACAUGCUAAAGUAUCCAUAAAACUACAGAACAAUGAUUAAACUUGGGUUCCUUUUAGUACUUUUGUUCUGCCUGUGCAAAGGGGAGACUUGCCUGAAUCCAGUCAUUACACCAUCCACGUACACCACCAGUGAUGCUGUCAUCUCCUCAGAGUCUGUCUUCAUUGUAGAGCUCAGUUUAACAUGUGCCAAUGGAGUACAGAGUGUCGCAUUGUACGCUGAUGUCAAUGGAAGGCAGUUUCCUGUGACAAGAGGCCAGGAUGUUGGAAAGUACCAGGUGUCUUGGAGUCUCUCGCACAAGCAGGCCAGCUCAGGGACAUACCAAGUCAAAUUCUUUGAUGAGGAGUCCUAUAGCGCACUGCGCAAGGCUCAGAGGAACAAUGAGGACGUAGACACAAUCAAGCCCCUCUUCUCUGUCAAUGUGGAUCACAGAGGAGCAUGGAGUGGCCCUUGGGUGUCUACAGAGGUCCUAGCUGCCGCCAUUGGCAUCUUGGUGUACUACUUUGCCUUCAGUGCAAAGUCCACCAUUCAGGCAUGAAGAACAACCACUCAUCUCACAUGCAUCAUCAGCAUUUCCAGAAACACCUCCAUUCUCUUUUCCUUAUGUUCUUUUACACAUGACCAUUGUUUGAUUACUUGAUUUAUAAUAUCUGACUGUCAUACUGCAUACGAGACAUAAUAGAGGCAUUAUAAUCACAGAAGAGUACGUGGUGGUCUGAUAUUUAUUUUUAAAACUUUUGAUCGGAUGUAAUUAUUUUUUUCUUUUUUGGUCAUUAAGUGUGCAUGUUGGCCCGGACCCCUGCUGAUCCUGAAAUAAUAGACUUUUGUACAAUAACUGCUGUAGCUGUACGCUACAGUGGAUUAGGCUUUUAGGCUAUAUCUUUCAUACUGUAAGCUCAGUUGUAAAUACAAGCAGAAGGAAUUAAGUUUCAGUAAUACCAGUAGAGACAGUGUGACAGUGUUUUACAUUUUUUCAUUUGUAUUGUGACAAAGAAUAAACCAUUUUAAAUGUU